UUAAUAGUAAUUAUAUUUAACAUACGUUAUACAUUAUUAACUGUAACGCAAACAUCUAACAAUAAUCUAUUACAACAAAUUGAAAAUGAGUACCUUCUAGAAGAGCGAAGAUACACAGUAAAGGAACAAAAACAGAAGAAAGAAGAACAGGAACCACCAUUAAUAGAACCAACAACACCUAGUUUAUUAAUCAAUGAAGAUAAGAAACAACGUCCAUGGUUUUUAAAGAACGGUCAACUAUAUCCCACAAAAUCAAAACAUAGUAGUACUCGAUCUCAAAUUAAAUUAUUCCCAGAGGAAUUAAAGAAUAAUGAUAGAAUUAUAAAUCAAUUAAUGUAUAUACCAACUAAUUAUUCAGAUAAAAAUGGUGAUAAUUUUAAAGUAAUUUAUUUACCACAUGGCUCAAAUUCAUGGGGUGGAAAUAUAUUUAAUAGAGAAAAUGAUGGCUUACAUAAUAAUAAAUUAAAAAUAUUUAGUAAAUGUCCAGUGUCAAGGUGUAUGUUAACUACUAAUAAAUUUGAUAAAUAUACUGCAGAUGCAAUUUUGUAUAAAGAUGGUAAUGUGCCAGAGCGAAAGUUUACUACACCAACCAAACAGAUAUGGAUAAUGUACUUAUUAGAAUGUCCAUUUCACACAGGAGAUAUGCCAAAGUCAGGGCAAAUAAAUUGGACAGCAACAUACCGUCUAGAUAGUGAUAUUGUGACGCCAUACGAACGUUGGGUGUCAUACUAUGACAUUUAUAAGAAUGUUAGUCAACAUUCUAUUAAUUUAAAUAAUAAUAAUAUUGAUAUCAACUAUGCAAAAAAUAAAACAAAAAAGGUUGCAUGGUUUGUAUCAAAUUGUUUUGCUAGAAAUAAACGUCUACAAUAUGGUACUGAACUACAGAACUAUAUAGGUGUGGAUAUUUAUGGUUCCUGUGGCAGUAAUUAUUGCCCACGUGGAAAAUCAAAAGAAUGUUUUCAAACAUUAGAUCGAGAUUAUAAAUUUUAUUUAGCAUUUGAAAAUUCAAAUUGUAAAGAUUAUAUUACAGAAAAAUUCUUUGUAAAUGGUUUAGGGCAUAAUAUAAUACCAAUCGUAAUGGGUGGUACAUCAAUUGAAGACUAUAAUAAGGUAGCACCAGCAAAUUCAUUCAUUCAUGUUGAUGAAUUUAAAUCAGCAAAAGAAUUAAGUGAAUAUUUAAAAGAAUUAGAUAAAAAUGAUUAUUUAUACAAUAAAUACUUUAAAUGGAAACAUACCGGUGAAUUUAUAAAUACAUAUUUUUGGUGUCGUUUAUGUGCAAUGUUACAUGCAUUGGAUUAUGAUUACAGUGAUUUUACUAAACAUUACGAAAAUUUAAAUGAAUGGUGGCGUGGUUAUAAUGUUUGUAAGACAUAA